AUUCGUUUCGAGUUGGAUUUAAGCUCUCAGCAAGGAAAGCGAGCUGCUCGAGCCCACGUCACUUCGCAGAGCACUUGGAUUGUCGUGCUGUGCUGUGCUGUGCUAGCAGGCAGGGCUCAAUGCCGCAUGUGUGCACACACAACUCGGUCUGACUCUCGGCUACCCCAAUGGGCUGCAGCGCCUAACCCGGGAUCGAGGCGCUCUUUUUAGUACGGAAGGCGCCCGUCUUCACAACUCUCACGAAACAGGAUGGACACCGGCUAUUGGAGAGGUUGAAUUUUUUCCGAACUAGAUAGAUAAGGAAGGCCUUAUCACGUUGACAGAAUCCCCAUUUUUACCCUCCUCCUUCGAGAUCGCCUGGCAACCUGGAAGUGUUCUGGGGAGAGAAACGCUUUGGAGGCAGCGUUGAGGAGCUCUAUGGGUAUCCAGUGUGGAGGACGCAUUCCUGCUACAAACAUAAGACGAAAUAAAAAAAGGAAAGCCUCGCGUUCACAGACCUGGAUUUGCGCCGCUCUUCGGCUCGACUCGUUGCACAAGCGGAAAUCUCAGCUCAAGGAAGACCCAGAAUGGCGGACACCGAGGAAGGCUUCGGACUUCCCAACACCCCUAGUGACUCCGAGUCCAAGGAGCUCCAGGGAGACAGCAAAGCGGAGAGCCAGCUCGGGGCUGCCAGCAAGUCCCCGUCGCCACAGACGACGUACACGCAGCAGGUCAGCCGCAUUCUGGGGUGUUCGUUUGUACCUGCAGUGCCACUUGGCAUGGAGGGGAUUAAAGUGUACCUGCACGAACGGGAGCUGUGGACGAAGUUCCAUGAAGUUGGCACGGAGAUGAUUAUAACGAAAGCAGGAAGGCGCAUGUUUCCAAGUUAUAAAGUGAAGGUAACGGGCUUAAACCCCAAAACGAAGUACAUUCUCUUGAUGGACAUCGUGCCAGCGGACGACCACCGCUACAAAUUCGCUGACAACAAAUGGUCCGUGACAGGGAAGGCUGAGCCCGCCAUGCCGGGCAGACUUUACGUUCAUCCCGAUUCGCCGGCGACAGGGGCCCACUGGAUGAGGCAGCUGGUGUCCUUCCAGAAACUCAAGCUAACCAACAACCACCUGGACCCCUUUGGACAUAUAAUACUAAACUCCAUGCAUAAGUACCAACCAAGGCUGCAUAUCGUCAAGGCGGACGAAAAUAACGGAUUCGGCUCCAAAAACACCGCUUUUUGCACUCACGUCUUCCCAGAAACGGCCUUCAUUGCAGUGACAUCCUACCAGAACCACAAGAUCACUCAGCUGAAAAUCGAAAACAACCCGUUUGCAAAAGGCUUCCGAGGCAGCGAUGACAUGGAACUCCACAGGAUGUCCAGAAUGCAAAGUAAGGAGUAUCCAGUGGUCCCCCGCACCACAGUCAGACAGCGUGUCACCUCCAACCAGAGUCCCUUCAGCACUGAAAUGAGGGGUCUUCCUGCUCCGGGCAACCUAGGCUCGCAGUACCAGUGUGAAAAUGGAGUUUCCAGUACCUCCCAGGACCUUCUGCCUCAAGCCAACCCAUACCCUCUGGCUCACGAUCAUAACCAGAUCUACCACUGCGCCAAACGGAAAGUUGAAGAGGAAUGCCACACGUCAGAUCACUCCUACAAGAAGUCGUAUAUCGAGAGUUCUUCGGGGGACGACGACCCCUACUACCGGCCCACUGGCUACUCGCAAACAACAGGACUGAGCUCCGCCUCUUACAGGACUGAGUCCGCGCAGCGCCAGGCCUGCAUGUACGCCAGCUCUUCCCAAGCAGUGGAGUCCGUUCCCAGCCUGGAGGACAUCGGCUGCAACAGCUGGGCAGCCGUGCCGCCCUACACCAGCUGCCCAGUGACUGCUAUGCAGCCAAUGGAGAGGCUGCCUUACCAGCAUUUUUCUGCUCACUUCACCUCAGGUCCCCUCAUGCCAAGGCUCAGUGGCGUGGCCAACCAUGCCUCACCCCAAAUAGCCGACAUGUACCAGAGCUCCGUUCCCCAUCAGUCCAUUGGCAGACAGUGCGGCCCACAAACUGGCAUGCAGUCCCCCAGCAGUGGGCUCCAAGGAAACGAGUACCUCUAUUCCCACGGCAUGCCUCGCAACCUGUCCCCUCAUCAAUACCACUCGGUUCACGGCAUUGGCAUUGUGCCGGAAUGGGGAGAAAACAGCUAAUAGGAGCACGGGCGUAGCCGUGCUGGGACAGCCCUGGGUGUGGACAUUUUGACAAGACUGAAACUGAGCGUCGUGACGUGAGCAAGAAACUGUUUAUCCGUGGGAAGCAGAAGAUGGCGGCCACUCUGCUCCAUUAAUCCUGCAGUGUGUUCAUGGAAGUUGGGGGGACUGGAGUCACAAACAAGGAGACAGAACAGAAAAAAGCCCAAAAGGGGGGCCCACCCCGUAAAGACAAAUGAAAAUGAUGAGCCAAGAAGAGAAGUGACAACUACAGGCGUGUUUUUUGCUUUUGUUUGAAACGGACACAAACCACGUGAGGGAGAACGAAGACGGAGUGUUCAUCGUCAACAACGGGCGUUUGGGACUCGGUGGCUUCUUGUUUUAUUUUGCUGGGUUGCUCUUUUUGUCUUUUUCUUUAAACUCUCGUGUUCUCUCCCUGAACAGAUCAGUUCACUCGGCUUCAGAGCUCAUUUUGUGAAUGGCGGGGCGGAUACCCGCGACACUCGCUUGUAUCCGUGGGCGCACAUGCAGUCCAUGGCAUCCACAGAAAGCACACGGCAGCGACCAGGCGUCAGGCCGGUUCUUUACGUUCUCAUCCAACCCACAAAGAACAAAAGGCAGACGGGGAAGAACCUGGACACGUGGCACGGACUGGCACCCUGCAAAGGGUUGGCAUCCAUCUUGUGCCAGACAGGGCUCAUGUAAGACCUUGAUCUUGGAAUGGAGUACGCAUGGGGGGCAACUACUGGAGGAAUGGACUCCUAUGUGUUUUGUAUCCCUCAUGUCCUCUGAAUCAAUGGAGGUCAGCUGACAGGUUUAUUCCUCCCAUUGCCAACUCAGUGACUUUAAAAAAUGGGCCAAAUAAAUGAAUAGCAGGCGGGCUAACUCUUCCUUUUCUUAAGUGUUAUGUUCCUGAAUGAAAAGGCUGCCAUCGUUCUGGUUGUCCUUCAGUACUCUCCGUGUCCUUAAAACAACGCUGGUUCAAGAGGAGCAGGUGACAGGGCGCUGUUCUGUAUUCUUCGCCUCCAAUUCCCGUUCUUAUUUCAACAACUAAAUGUAGUCAUUUACUCUUUUGGUCGAUUACAAGUUCAGGGAACAAAUGGCGUAGUCGGUAGGCUUUGCGCUGUGAACGGGUGGAGUGUAAUGGCGGUGCUGUGCAGAAUGGUGGGUGCUCAGCUGACGUCACCAGGAGGUAAUCAACUGGUGUGCGUCAUACCGGCAGUGCCAGUUCUUCUAAAGGUUUCACUUUAGACAAACAGAUUCUGAGAGCCUUUGUAAUAACACAAGUCGCUGGUUGGAGGCUGACCAUCAGAGCUUACCACAGUGCAAAAUGUGCGACCCGCUAUGGUCUGUGGUGUGAAAAAACAAAAAGGUGGACGGGCUUAGCGUAUUAGUUAGACGUGCUGACCACUGCAUGUAAAAGGGGAGGACUCUUACAUAUUAACAGACAAAGCAACGGUUUCACACAGAAAUGAACAUAAAACAUCGUAGCUGCGUGCUGUGGCUGCUGACACCGCAUGUUCGCCAUCUCUGAUGCAGGGGUGGCUCGACAGCCAAUAGGAAUGUGCAGUGGGCCGGGUGGCGGUUGAUGACAGUGGCAAUGCGCCACAAUCUAGUUUGUACCUCUUGUCAUCUUAAGUGGUGGUCCUCCCAGGCGAACAUUGCUGUAGGUGCAUCAGCUACACAAACGUGUUCAGAACCACGAUCAGCCGAAGCCGGUACCUCACUUCCGUUUUUCCAUCUCCAGAUCACUUGCAUUAAAAUUGUAGUCCGAUUCAGCGAUAAUACACAAAGCGUUGUCCACAGGCUAUUCUGUUCUGUGCCUUCUCUACAUUCUCUCGCCAGACGUCGAUGCCAUUUUAGAGGCUGUUUGCUCUUCGCUACUCAUGCACGCUCAAGGAAUCGAGGGCAAAUCAGCAAAGCUAGCUUUCCUUCUAGGAAAGAGAGUCAAAGGAAAAUGUAACGGCGAGUUUUGUGGCCAUUUACGAGCGGAUUACUGUUCUCUACCCCUGAAUUUCGACAAAAGUCGACAUCUGCCCUGAAAGAGUUAAAGGCUAAGCCACCUGACUGGAUGGCAUCACGUACUAAAGGAUAAGUUGAUGUUACUUUGUCACAGGCAGGGUAUGUAUAUAUGUGUUUGCCAUGUGAAAUGGUGUCCUAAAGUUAAGCGUUUACGACAAAUUGUAAUAAAUAUCUUGCCUGCACUGGCGCUUUACAAUGGCGGCAAUGGGGCAUGGAAAUCCAAAGCAUAAAAGCUUACGGAUUGCGCCUAUUUUUUAAGCCGAGACAGUUGCAGAGUACUGAUCUGCAACUUAAUAGAUUGUACCCGUCAUUUCUGAACAAACAAACUCCACUAUUAUGGGAUUCGGCCAUUUGAAAUGAAGACCGGCCGUGCGGGUUACCUCAGCGCUUGUCUUCUCUCUCAAUAACCUUUCAAUGGUAGACGUGGUUUUCCCACAAAACACCAACUCAAUGUUUUCCAUUUACUUCCAUGUUUAUUUAAGAAUUCGUGCAAGCGAACAGAAAACAUAUUUCUAUCUCGGGGAAAAUAAAACCAGGAAUAUGCGAUCAAAAGAUGAUUUCCAGAUCUCCUUUGUUGUGACAAAUGUGUUGGAAACACGGAAGGCAUGCUUUCAUACAUCAAAACUCAAAGAGAAGUUAUCUGGGAAGUUCUUCUUCUUUUAUUUUCUGGUGAGGCUCCAUGCCCCACUGUAAAGUCCAAGCUUAACGCUUCAAUUUGCGUCAAAACUGCAUACAAUACCACGAUUGUGAAGAAAUGACUUUGACUUGAAAACGUGUCCUUGAACGUGUGAUGUUACCCAGUCUGAUGUGCCCGUGACAGGCGUCACUUCUAUCCCAGGAGUAUGUGAUGACUGUGGCUCACGAUGACCCCAAGCGUAUCUAACCGUAGUAGAAGAGCACAUCCUCUGACUCCUCAUGAAAUCCAUCUGGAAAACGUGGAUUCCAACAUUAAACAGGAUCCUUCCGGUUAGCUGCACUCCCUGGUGUCCCAAUCUGUCCUCCACUGAACCGUAAUAAAGUCUGAUUCACAGAAAUCAUACAAACUUUCAGGUUUCUUCACGUGGCUGCCCACAGUCAAGAGGACGCCUGACAUAACUCCUGAACGGCGUGAGGAGGUCGCCCGAUAUGGACAUCGGCACAGGCCACUAUUCUCAGUUUAAAACAUGGGUUACGGAUCAGCGACACGCAGGAUGCUGCUCACCUUCCCAUUAAUGUGACAAAGAGGUGCGUGACUGCUGCCCCCUAGGGGCUAACAAGGACACAAACCCCACUGGGCUCUUCUUCAGAUUGUUUCGAGUUUAUCCAUUCCCCAUUUUCUAAGAGAGAUUCAAAAUCUCAUCUGUUCACAUGUAGGUUUUUAGUUUUCAAUUUUGACAAUAUUUUGGUUCCCUUCACUUAGUAAUAUACUCAUAAAAAUGCUUUAGUCUGUGGCAAAUGCGGUAUAUGUGUUAUGCGUAUCCUCACCCACACGUGUGUUGUGCACGUGAAGCUUCUCCAUCCAAAUUAUGACUACAAGUAAGGACGGGCCCCACUCCAUGAGAUUUUAGCCAGAGCGGUUGUUGAAAUCAGCACAAAAUCGUAAGAAAGUCCGACUUCAAAUAUUACAACAGUUUUGACGAGAACGGGGCAUUCAGGCCAACAAAUCUUGCCAAUCCCAUCCACUGAAUUGCUGCAAAAUAACAUCGGGUCAAGUUCUGAAAGUCUCAUGACUUGGUAAAGUAAAGUCGCUGCUGGCAAAGUAUGAUGUACAUGCCAACACGAUCCAAGGGGCUCAGGGCUCCCGACAUGUCAAAAAAAAAAAAAUCCACGUACUGUCAGGUGUGAGAGGUCAUAUGGGUCGAUUCUGCGUUUCAGUUGGCAUCGAGCAAGCGGGCAGUGACUGCUUGCUUAUGUUCUGGCAAGGUGGCGCUAUGAAACAUUUAGGGCUCAAAUUGUGACAAGAUAACCAAUUGCUACGUGAUAUUUCGAGGGCCUUCAAAGCAGAAUUGUGGACAAGCGCCGCUACAAAUACCUGGUGGAGUCACAAGAUUAAACUUUAAAUCUGUUUACGAUACAGGUGCUCUGCUGAAGCAGAAUAAGUUUUAUUUCGGGACCAGAAGAUGAAACAAGGACAAGAACUGAGUACGCACUGGGGUCACAAGAGACAAACCGAUCUUUCGCCCAGGCCGGAAACGUGAGACAAGAAUGAAGAACACAAACCAGAAAGUAAGUCAGAAAACUGAGAAGGAAAAUACAGAGAAGCCCACGUGAAGUCUUUUAGCAAAACGCGGAUAUCUAAAUGGCGCAUAGAUGACCUUUCUUUAGGGUCGCACCAAUGACAUCAUGCGCACACACUCCUGGUGCCAGAAAAUGGCAACACCCAUCAAUUUUCAAAAUGGACCCUUAAAAAAAGGACCACUUAGUCAGGAACCAAAUAAAUGUUUUGUUCAAAUUCCUCGACCUCAGAAACCACAGAAUGGCCACCAAGGAGUUAUAAUAAUAGGCUACUCAAGCAACAUUGGCUACGGUUAGCUGAACGUAAAAAUGGAGACGCAGCGACAGAUGACAUCAUUUUUUGCUGCGUCAAACUGCACCCCCCAGUGGUGGCGUCAUUCAGUCUUUUGUAAGGUUGCUCAGAUGGUCUCCGCCAUUUUGUAAGCCCCUGAAAUCACGCGCUGUAUGGCCUGCCAGCCAAGCGGCCAUCAGUACAAGUGAGUCGCUGAGCGUCAGAAGACAUAACACGCGGGAAAAUUGCACAGAAGGACGGGACCUCAAAGCAAUGCACUCAAGACAAUGAGAGAGUGGCUUACCAGACCCUCACUUACACACAGCACUCUUUUCGGGGGCACCAUUCAUGUUUCAUCCCCACAGGAAACAAAAUGGCAUUCGCUCCCUGGACUUUUGGGGACAAACGAGUCACUCCAGAGCUGACCUGCCAGGCCCACCACAAGUCGACUGUGAAGUUCUGUCCAGAAUGAGCCGACUCAGCCGAACUCGACGUUUCACGCUUCGCUUUUUUAAGAGAGCGGCAAACAGCCACGCUGUACCCAAAACCCGCCGAAAUGGCAUUUGGGAAAAUGUGAUCUCGGGCUCGUCAAUACUGCCUUAUGUAUCCUUCUUUGGAGAACCUUUUAAGAAUUUGUAAUUUUUUUUGUUUUCCUUGCCAAGCAUUAUUCAGAAAGAUAAUUAUUAUAAAAUAUUAUUAUUAUUAAUAAGAAAGUGACUACAAGAGUAAGUUAUGUAUCGAGCAAUAACAUUGAAAACAUGGAUGCAUCCGUGGUUUGUGUUAAUUAUUAGUCUUGUUCCUGUUCAUAGUAUUUAUUGAUGCGCAUUAUACUUUGGUUCUAGGUUGUGUUUUUGUUUUUUUAAAAGAUAUAUUGCUAGAAAUUCUUUUUUAAAAAAAAAAAGAGAAUUUAAAACAAUGCUUUAUGAUAGUCUGGGUAAAGUUCAAUUGUUGUAUAAAGAGGCACAUUACUUUGUCCUUGAUGGUGUACAUAAACACAAAUGUAUAUACAGACGUACAAUAAAUUUAAAGAACUUUUAAA